AUGUCUGCUACUACUCCUAUUAUUUACGAAGAUUCUUUAUUUGAAUCCCAAGAUUUAUUUGCUUCACCAAAAGUUAAACAAUUCCAUCAAAAGGUUGUUGCUGAUACUACCACCACCACCAAUACUACUACUACUACUAUUAAAAACGAACCUGGUUUGGAAUUAAGUUUGAAUUUACCAGAAAUGCAAAAAGCUUCUGAAACUAUUUCUACUCCAUUUCAAAUCCAUUCUAGUGUAUUGGAAUCGGUUUUUAGUACUAAUUUACAUGGAGUUAAUGAUAUUGAUCAUACUCCAAUGUUUGAUGAAUUGGAUUUGAUUAUGGACGGAUGUAAAGUCAAUUCAUCAGAUGAUUGGGUUGCUCUUUUUGGUGAUGAUCAUGAUAUUGUUGGAGAAGAACCAAUAUUAUCAUUGAAAAAUGAUAAUGAUAAUGAAGUUGAUGUUGAUGUUGAUGAUGAUGAUGCUCUUGUUCCAAGAGAGGAAACUACUAUUGAAGGUUUAUUAUUGGAACCAUCACCAAAUCGAACCAUUUCUGCUUCUACUUCUGCUUCUACUUCAUCAUCAAAUAGUCCAGAAAGUACUGUUGCUACCACAGUCAUUACUGGUUGUGCUACUGCAAGUGGUAAAAGACAAUUUCAAUUGGAAACACCAAAUCCUUCAUCAACAUUACCAACACCAUUAUUGGAUUCUAAAAAAAGAAUUAAAGUUGAUCAUUUAGGUUGUGUUACUUAUUCUAAAAAACAAAGAUCUCAACCUUUACAACCAAUUAUUAUUGAUGAUAUUAAAGAUGCAGCUGCUUUAAAAAGAGCUAAAAAUACUGAAGCUGCUAGAAGAUCAAGAGCUCGUAAAAUGGAAAGAAUGAAUCAAUUGGAAGAAAAAGUUGAAAAUUUGAUUAAUGAAAAAGAAAUUUUACAAGAUCAAGUUGAAAAAUUACAAGAAUUGUUGAAAAUUAAUGGUAUUCAAUUUUGA